GGCUGGAGCGCUUUGCAGAGCCUGUUGGCAGGCACCCCUUGCAAUGCUGCCUUUGGUACUGGGCGCCUGAGGACGGUGCUCCAGUGAGGACGCAGCUCUGCCCGGGGGACCAGCGGAGAUGACUCUCUGACCCAAGGCUACUCGGCAGGGGCGCUGCACCUCGGCUCGGCCAUGGGACUGUGCUGCUGCAAAGACUGGAAGGGACACCUGCGGGAAUCCAAAGGUGGUGCAGGGGACCGGGAGAAGAUGCCUGUCAAUCAUGAAGCUUUCCUCCUUAUGGCUAACUCCCAGAAUGACAUGGAAGAUUGGGUGAAAGCCAUCCGGCGGGUCAUAUGGGCUCCAUUUGGUGGAGGUAUUACAAAUAGCUCCCAUGCUCCUAAAUUAAAACUGUUGCCUCAAGGGAUCUUUGGGCAGCGUUUGGAAGAUACUGUGCAAUAUGAGAGGAAGUACGGCCACCGCCUGGCCCCACUGCUGGUGGAGCAAUGUGUGGAUUUCAUCCGGGAACGAGGACUCACAGAGGAAGGACUCUUCCGGAUGCCUGGUCAAGCCAACUUAGUCAAGGAUUUGCAGGAUUCGUUUGAUUGUGGAGAGAAACCACUGUUCGACAGCACAACUGAUGUCCAUACAGUCGCUUCCCUAUUGAAACUGUAUCUCCGGGAGCUCCCUGAGCCUGUCAUCCCCUUUGCCAAAUAUGAAGAUUUCCUCUCCUGUGCUCAGCUGCUCUCAAAGGAUGAGAGUGAGGGCACUCUGGAGUUGGCUAAGCAGGUGAAAAAUCUUCCUCAGGCCAAUUAUAACCUUCUCAAGUAUAUAUGCAAGUUUUUGGAUGAAGUUCAGGCUCACUCGAAUAUAAACAAGAUGAGUGUCCAGAACCUUGCUACAGUGUUUGGGCCAAAUAUCUUACGUCCCAAAAAAGAAGAUCCAGUGACAAUCAUGGAAGGUACGUCCCUUGUCCAGCAUCUCAUGACAAUCCUGAUUAGCAAGCACAGUCAGCUCUUCAGUGCUACCCACAGUGAUGCUCCUGGCGAUGCCCCCAGCGAUGCCCCAGUCCCCAAGCCAGAGGUCAAGUCCACCACUCCACGUAGCGCAGCAGAAUGGAUCUUGGAGGAGCAUGUGGAAGAAGGCUGGAAAGAGACCAACCCCACUGGUCUCACUGAUGGGCCUUCUAAGAGGACUGGUUCUCUGGACAGUGCCACGGUGGGGACCCUUCCCAAGCCUACCCAAGAGCGGAUCAGCCGGCGUACCCAGACUUGCCCCAACAAGACUGCCACCAGUCCCAGUAAGAAGGUUCAAACUUUGCCCAACUGGAAGUACUCCUUCCGGCAACCAGGGGCCAAGUCAGGGAGUCCAAAGCUAGUAAGCUCUUCCUUGGACAUCAAUAGCCUUCCCAGCAGUGGAAACUGGCUCAUGAAUGGGUUGUCCUCCCUUCGAGGUCACCGUCGGACCUCAUCUGGAGACAGGGCUAAAGACUCCAAUUUACCCCAGAGGCUCUCCACGUAUGACAACGUUCCUUCAGGCAGUCCUUCCACAAGCGCGCACAGUGUGGCCAGCAUGGCAUGGUCCACCUCCUCUUGUGAGAUCUCUGUGGUAGACUCAGUCAGCAACUGCCCAGUGUGCCAUGCCAGUGGCUCGUCACCCUGCAGCUCGGCCCGCUUUGAAUGGCCUCCGCAAGGCUCCCCAGCUGCCAGCGGUGACAUCAAACCAGCAGAACUGGGGGACAGUUCUGAGAGGCUGGCAGUCUGUGUUAGCACCCUGAAUGGCAGCGGCAGCGAGGGCAACAAUUUUAACAGCAUGUCCAGGGACUCUGCCCAGUGCUCUCACGCCCUGCAGAGCCUGGUCACAGAGCUCAAGGCAGAACUGAGCAAACAAAGGACUGAAUAUGAGACUAGUUUAAGAAGAAUUGAGGAAGCCAGUUCCAGCUUAAAGAAACAGAUGGCCCGGUUAGAAGAAGACUUAGACCAAGAGAGGAAGAAAUUCACAAUGCUGGAAAUAAGAUUGAGAAACUCAGAGCGGGCACGAGAGGAUGCUGAGAAAAGAAAUCAGCUUCUACAGAAGGAAAUGGAAGAGUUUUUUUCCACUCUGGGCACCUUAACUCUUGGGUCAAGAGGCACAAAGGUUCCAAAGUAAAAGCAACUAAAAAAAAAAAUCCAGUUUAAUUCUGCAUUUUGUUUGAUCUGGUUUCUUGUUCCCGCAGAGCUGCUGUCCUAGGUAUCUGAUUGUCCACUCAUGCAUCAUGAGUAAUACUGAAGGAAUCCCAUACUCCCUUGCUGUUGUCGUCCUGGUUUCUGUAAUGCCAUAUAUUAUAUCAGGGCUAUCAGGGAAAGUAAAGGAUCGCUGAAGACCAUGCGUGAAAGCAAGAGGUAAAUAUUGCUAUUUCCAAGGGGCAUGAGGUGCUCCCCCUUUCUGGGGUUCCAGGGACCAUCAUAUGCCAUUACAAUGACUGCAGGAUUUGAACUUGUUUUGCUGCACCUUUGCCAGGCUGGACACCAGGGUUCUACACAAUGGCCUGAAGGAUGUCCAAGGGGAAAGCCUCUGAUCGCAUUCCCCCGGCAGCCAGGAAGGCAGCCCCUUCAACUCUUCUGUCAUGGUCGCACAUGCUUCCUGUAUUGAAUGAAGUAGGACGUUGAUAUUUUGCAUUCUUUAUUAAAUUUGCUUUAAAAUGCCUUGUUUCAA